CCAUAAUGUGGUAGUGCAGCACAUUUAAAUCUGUUGUAACAACAUUCGCUGAUUUCGCCAUGGGAGAGGUCGGAAAUCCCUAUUACCGCUCCAUACCGUGUUUUAGCUAUAUUUCCAUAGCGGAAGUCGUCGGUGGCGUGGUGGGAUUCAUCCGCUCAAUAACGGUUCUCAUCGGUGAUCCGGGAAGUCAUUCCUACGGCAUAAUUAUUCUCAUCAUUGUGGAUAUCCUCCUUCUGGCCACCGGCGCUUUUGGUGUGUUCACGGUGCGGCAAGUCCGUCGCGGUGGCCUCGUUAAACGGCCCUUCACCGUCCUUACCAUCCUCAACAUCAUCCUCUGUAUACUCUUCACCCUCCUUCUAAUCCUGUCCGUCUGCGCCGCUACGUUGUUAGCCGUGGACACCCGGCGCACGUAUCUCUCCUAUCCUUGGUACGUAACACCCGAAGAACGCCAAUUCACGACCGAAACCGUGAAUAUGCCGGUUACAUCAUCAACGACAUUGCGACGAGUGGAGUGGCUGGAUGCCGUCACCCCGACCACGCCCAUGUCGGCGACGGAGCCCUCGGGUGCGGGAUACACGCACGUGAUCCUCACUCUGCCGUCCCUGGUGUACCGCGGCCGGCCCACCGGAAGUCUGGCCGGUGUCAUACCGGUGCUGUUGAUCCACUUUCUCUAUGUGAUUCUCACGGCGUUCGGGGCCAGGAUAUGCAAGAAAAAUACAGCGUCACCUAGUAGUCGACGAUUAUCGGAAGUGUAGAGAAACUGAGAAGUGUAGAAUGUUGUUUAGUCUGCAUGACAUUUCACGAUAAUGUC